AGAGGACCUGGGAAACAGUGCAGUGCACAGCAGAGGGCAGAGAGCAGAGCGGACCUGCUGCUGAGAAAAGGCCCUCACCAUGGGCGAGUCUCCCGGCUGCUGCUCGGUCUGGGCCCACUGCCUCCACUGCCUGUAUAGCUGCCACUGGAAGAAAUGCCCCAAAGACAGGACACAAACCAACCAGUGCGAAUGCAUCUGGUUUGGCCUGCUCUUCCUCACCUUUCUCCUCUCCCUGGGCUGGCUGUACGUCGUGCUCAUCCUUCUCAAUGACCUGCACAACUUCAAUGAAUUCCUGUUCCAGCACUGGGGACACUGGAUGGACUGGUCCCCGGCAUUCCUGCUGGUCAUCUCUCUACUGGUCACAUACGCAUCCCUGCUCUUGCUCCUGGCCCUGCUCCUGCGGCUCUGUGGCCAGCCUCUGUGCCUGCACACCGCCCACAAGGUGCUGCUGCUCCUCAUUAUACUUCUUGUGGCCGCUGGCCUUGUGGGACUGGAGGUCCAAUGGCGGCAGGAGUGGCAUAGCUUACGUCUGUCACUGCAGGCCACAGCCCCAUUCCUUCAUAUUGGAGCAGUUGCUGGCAUCACUCUCCUGGCCUGGCCUGUGGCUGAUACCUUCUACCGUAUCCACCGAAGAGGUCCCAAGAUUCUGCUACUGCUCCUAUUUUUUGGAGUUGCCCUGGCCAUCUACCUGGUGCCCCUAUUCAUCUCCUCAGCCUGUAUCAUGGAACCCAAAGACUUACCCCCCAAGCCUGAGCUGAUGGGACACCGAGGGGCCCCCAUGCUGGCCCCCGAGAACACCCUGAUGUCCCUGCGGAAGACAGCUGAAUGUGGAGCUGUUGUGUUUGAGACCGACGUGAUGGUCAGCUCCGACGGGAUCCCCUUCCUCAUGCAUGAUGAGCGCCUGACCAGGACCACAGAUGUGGCCUCUGUGUUCCCACACCGAGUCAACAGCCACAGUAGCGACUUCUCCUGGACUGAGCUGAAGAGACUCAAUGCCGGGGCCUGGUUCCUACAGAGGCGACCCUUCUGGGGGGCUAAGCAGCUGUCAGGCCCUGAUCGGAAAGACGCUGAGAAUCAGACAGUGCCAGCCUUGGAAGAACUACUGAAAGAAGCUGAAGCCCGCAACCUUUCUGUCAUGUUUGACCUGCGCCGCCCCCCACGAAACCACACAUACCAUGACACUUUUGUGAACCAGACAUUGGAGACUGUGCUGAGUUCAGGGGUGCCCCAAGCCAUGGUCCUCUGGCUACCGGAUGAAGAUCGGGCUCAUGUCCAACAACGGGCCCCCCAAAUGCGCCAGAUAUAUGGACAUCUGGGAGGCCACAGCACUGUGAGGCCCCAGUUUCUCAACCUCCCCUAUCAAGACCUGCCGCUGUUGGAUAUCAAAGCACUGCACCAAGAUAAUGUCUCGGUGAACCUAUUUGUAGUGAACAAGCCCUGGCUCUUCUCCCUACUCUGGUGUGCAGGGGUGGAUUCGGUCACCACCAAUGACUGCCAGCUGCUGCAGCAGAUGCGUUACCCUCUCUGGCUUAUUCCCCCUCAAACCUACCUAAUGAUGUGGGUCAUUACCAAUUGUGUCUCAAUCCUGCUGCUUUUGUGGACCUUUCUCCUCCAACGGAGAUGUGCUAAGGAGAGAGAGAGAACCGGCUUAGAAACAGCAGUGCUGCUGACCAGGAUCAACGCUUUCAUAAUGGAGUGAAUGUUCUGUCCUCGACCCCCACCAGCCAAAGUCUGAGGCCUGUCUGCAUUGGCCAACAGCAAGGAAGAGAGAAUGGCUGAGGUGGAAUGUUGGUGGGGUUGGUGUGGGGUGAAAUUUGCCAACAGGAGGUUUUGAACUAUGAGGGCCUUCUGCCCAGAUGGUGGCAUGCCCCAAGCUUCCAUGGAAUCUGUCCCCCUUGAGAUUUCAACCUGAAGUGGUUAGGAAGACACUGAGUCACGAGAAGUUUCUCCCCAAAUGAAACUAGAACAGAGGAAAAGACAAGGAGAUUGCCAAGAGAAUGUUUCUGAUCUGUGUGCACGUGUUCUUGUGUAGAAGGCACAGGGUGUCAGGGGCGGGACAGCUUGGAACAGUGACUGAAGGAGAUGACAAAACGGCCUUUCCUGGAGAACUAUAAGAUGAUGGAGAUAUCGACCUGGCUUCAUUCACUGUCUCCCCUGACAUAUGCAAUUUAUCUUAUUUCCUGCCUAGAGGCUGGGGGCCAAAGAGCCCAUCUAGCCAUGUGCCUACAGAUGGCUUUUUGCUGUACACAGUCUUUUCUUCAAGACACAUUCGUUCCUGAAUCU